CAGCAGUCGAGGCAAACGGAUCGUGUGGAUUCUCUCUUUUGUUACAAAAUUAAUCCCUUAGAAACACACUUAAAAUGUCCAAGAGCGUUCCCGAAUUAUUAAAUCCCAAUUUGAAGGCCAUGGCCUCGGAUUAUUUGUACCACCUGGAUAUAAAUGUGGCCAACACAAAAGACACCAGUGACAUCCAGCAGAGAUUCGGGGAUGUCAAGGUGAUCUGCAUGGGUGGCACUGGUUCCCGCAUGCGUGCUCUAGCGGUUUACCUGUCAGAGGUUCUGGGUCUACCGGACUCAAGUGAUCCGCAGGAUCUUUGCGCUCGAGGACACCGCUAUGCCAUGUACAAGGUGGGACCGGUGCUGUGCUGCAGCCAUGGCGUUGGCUCCUCCACAUUCAGUGUUGUCCUGCAUGAGCUGCUCAAGUUGGUCAAAUACGCCGGCUGCCAGGAUCCCGUCUUCCUGCGAAUCGGAACCUGUGGAGGACUCGGUGUACCACCUGGCACAGUUGUGGUCACCAAGGAUGCUUUCAACGGUCUGUUGCGCAAUGAACAUGAGAUUGCCAUUCUCGGUAAGCGUGUGGUGCGACCGGCCAAGUUCUCCGAGGAGGUGAUCAAGGACAUCAUGGCAUAUGGUGUUGAUGCCAAGGAUGGUUUCCAAACCGUAAGUGGCAAUACGAUGGGAACAGACUGCUUCUACGAGGGUCAGGGACGUACCGAUGGUGCCAUAUGUGAGUACUCCGACGAGGAUAAGAUGGCUUUCUUGAAGAAGUGCCAUAGCCUGGGCAUCCUCAACAUUGAGAUGGAGGCCAGCAUGUUUGCCUCGGUGACCCAAAAGAUCGGGGUCAAGGCCGGUGACGUGUGUGUGACCAUUAUCAAUCGACUCAAUGGAGAUCAGGUAACCAUCGCCAUGGACCAGAAGCACGAGUUCGAGCAACGACCCUUCCUCGUCGUGGGUCGCUACAUUAAGAAACUGCUUCAGCAGUAAUUGAAUGCGAUCCAGGAGAUGCGAUCCCAUUGCCAU